AUGGAAGAAGACGAUACGGAGCAAACCCUGUUUAGGAGAACCCCCAACCAAAGGAGCAGGGAUGGGUGCCGAAUGUGCCAGGACAAAUAUCGGAAGUUCAUUAACACGUGCUUGGCUUGGGAAUUGGUACUCCUGGUGGUGCACAUAUUAAUCUUUCUCAUACUAAUUUUCAAAUGGGUAAAGGACAGAAAACUGGAUGACGAAAACAAAAAACUGUUUAGGACAUUCGAAAGUGGGGGGCAUUUUUUUCAGGGGGUUUUAUUCGUCUUGCUGAUUGUCCCCUUCAGAUUUAACAAAAGGAUCAUAAAAUGGAUUUAUAAUUUUUCCAUGAAAAAUGAGACACACAUGGAUGAGUGCAGACAGCAACCGUACCAGCGGCCGUAUGCCGAUAUUGAGGAGAAUAAAAGGGGGAAUUAUUCCUCCAAUGAAGAGGAUGGCGAUGAGGGGGUAAGCGAAAAGGGAAGUAAAAGGAACUCUGGUAUGAACACCACACUCGGUAGUUUCAGUGAUAAUAAUAUAGACCACGGGGUAGUGAGCGGCCGGGCAGUGAACAACCAGGCAGUGGUCGAGCAUUUUUCCGAUGCGAGUGAAAUUGGCACGGGGAAGAGAGACGGUAACGGGCAGUUCAUCCAUAUAGGCUAUACUAAUAGUGCCAGAGGUGGAAACGGUAUGGAUCACCAGAACGGAAACGCUGGAAAAACCACCUCCGGGGAACGCGUAACCAUGAACAGGCGAAAGAAGGGGAGCAACUGCAGCAGUGGCAGCCUACACCGUGGAAACACAAACAGAAAAAUCCCCUUGUGCGAAUCUUUUAUGAACAGCUUGGUCUUUCCAGUGAACACCCCAAAACAUACAAGAGAAAAAAUUCGGUACUUCUUCCUGUGCGCAAAGUUGUAUGCAAAAAAGAAGAUCUCGUUUCUGUUUCUUCUCAAAUAUGCCUGUUCCUUUAUCCUAAUGUUUGCCUAUCCGUUGUACAAUCUAGUGAAGAGGAAGUUUUUCCGCGAAAUUUUCUACAAGUCGUCGUACUACAUGAAUGGAUUCGACUUCGCAGCGGGUCUACUCACGGGAUUCCUCUUCGUCUUGGUUUACGGAGUGGUAAAAUUUUUUGCUAGUUUUUAUAUGAACAGAAAAAAUGAGAAGUUUUACUUUUUCGAUAACUAUCCCUUUUUGGGGGAAGUGAAGUGCCUAUGUGAUGAAAACGUCCGGAUCAUUACACAUAAUAAUCCCCACCUGAAGGACAUGGCGAUAGAGUACCUUAAUGCGUAUGCGAUUUACAAGACUUUUCUUUUGAAAGGGAUUUUAAUUCAGUUCCUUUUGUGUAUCUGCGCCUUUGCCUUUACCUUUAUGUCGAUGAAUACCUCUGUGUCGGUUAAGGGAUGA